CGGUACGUGUUUUAUGAUCCUAUAACGCAUAGAGAAAGUAACUGUAAAUUGUGAACGCGGCCUUCCCAUCCGGUGUCCGCGUGUCGACUGACUGAUGAGCAAGGCUUAACCUCUGAUAAUAAGAGAGCGGGACCACGAUAGUGGGUGAAGGGGUGCGCGAGCGAGACGGGCGAUGUAUCUUCUUCGGUGAUCGUGAAGUGCAAGAUGAGUAUACAGUCACAUACGGACCACAUCCGAGUGUGCCUCCGGAGACGGUUAAAAAACGAAACGCGCGAUUCGCGUUGCGCGUACGCAGGGACGCGCGCGCUUUGAAUUCUUUUUUCGAAUUCGCAACAGUUUUAAUUUGCGAAUUACCAAACACUGACACUGUAUAGAACUGUUUAUUUUUUUUUUAACAUAUUUUUUUUAUACUCCGGAUUUUUUGACGAGUGGAAUUCAUGUGUUCGAAAUUGUGUAGUUUUGUGCGAAAAUGAUAUAGGAAAAUUGACAGCGAAUGUGUGAUAAACAAUACCUUCAGAACCGUUCAGUGGAACAAGAGGAGCUAUUUUAGUGAUCACUUGAAUUAAAAGACGCCAGGGUAUGUUUAUGGCCGGCUUUAUAUAAACUGUCACAGAGACGAGAUUCACAAGAAGAAUCGCAAUGAACCAGCAGUGUAAAGUUUGCGGCGAGCCAGCGGCGGGAUUUCAUUUUGGUGCAUUUACAUGUGAAGGCUGUAAAUCGUUCUUCGGGCGUACGUACAACAACAUAUCUUCGAUAUCAGAAUGCAAGAAUAAUAGUGAAUGUGUAAUAAAUAAGAAAAAUAGAACGGCCUGUAAGGCUUGUAGGUUACGGAAAUGCCUUUUAGUCGGCAUGUCCAAGUCGGGCUCGAGAUAUGGACGGAGAUCGAACUGGUUUAAGAUACACUGUCUACUGCAGGAGCAGCAACAACAGCAGAUAAAUCAAUUACAAACAAAUAAAUCCCCACCAACAUUCAAUUCGUCCAUGAAUCCGUCAUUUUUGCCUACAAAUCUCUUACCGGCAGCUGCUUUAGCCGAAUAUUAUAAGAACUCCGAGAAAAGUCACUAUACAGAAGACAUAACGCGGCAAAGCGUAUCGCCGUCCGAUUCUGGCGCGUCCUCAGCUGAUCCAGAAGACGAUAAUAGUUCUAGAAGUACUAGCGGUUUAAGUAUAUUCAGACCAACGUCUUCGCCUUGCAGUGAAAAAGAUGUAAGAUUACAAGCUAUUAGAAAUCAAAAUAAAGAUGUCAGAAAACGAAAACCGUCAAUUUUGCCUCCCUCCUCGCCAUUCGGCCCUGUAUCAGCUUCCCCGAGUUUUUCUCCGAGGCCAUUUUUAGCAACAAACAUGAGUGUGAUGAGAUCAGUUCCCCCAGCAAUUUCCAAUUGGCAGAAUCGUAAUGGUGGGGAGACUUUACUACAUUCCCCAGCGGUGGCGGGAGUCGCGAUCGAGCAAGAUCAACCAAUAGACCUAUCAAUAAAAUCAACAGCCCUACUGUACAGAAGUCCCAAGAACGAAGAAGUUAGUGAUUCGGAACCAGAAUUAAGAAUUGACCUUGGUGAUGACAAUAGUAAAGACAUAAUGAAAAAUCCCCUAGAUUUGUCUCUAGUUCCGAAAAGAACAGAGGAAGUGCCAAUGACUGGAUGAAAUUUAGUAACUAACGUUUAGUAACCGUGAGUCAAAGGAGCCAUUUUGUUUCUCUAUUUAUAUGUAUAUAUGGUAGUUAAAAGUAUUAAUUAAAAGAGUUAAAAUUUUAUAAUUAAAAUGCUACCGCCAUACAGUAUUUAAGCAAUUGUACAUUCCCCUCUUCCUGAUUACCUGAUCUUACUACCAGUUGUUUUAAGUAUUGUUAUUUUUUUUUUAUUUGUGUAGAUAGUAUUUUUAGUUUGGGUGAUGAAGUUAUGAAAUCUUGGGAAAAUGAUCUGGGUGUUAUUAUUACUAUGUAUAGAUUGGAAUGACUAAAAAAUAGUGCAUUCUACAUUUUGUACUGAGCAAUUCUUAAAGUUGAAAAAGGUAUAAUUCUGUUUAAAAAAAUAUUAUGUUGAAAUAAAUAAUCAAAUUUGUAUAGUAAUAAAAAUAUUGUGUAUAUUAAUUGAUGCCAGUAAUUGUUCACAAAUUAUGCCAGUUUAUUUUUUGUCUUACCAUUUUAGUUUUAAGUAAAGGGAUAAGUGGCCAGUGAAUGCAAAGCUCAAAAUUUACGUGUACAAAUAAGUUUAGAUAAUUCUCGUUAAUUGUAUAAUAUUAGGAGAUUUAUAUUGAAAAUUAUAUAAGUAUUUAUUUUUUAGUUCGUAGGCCAGUGUAUUGAGUCAUUUUCUUGUAGGUUACAAUUUUUAAUUAGUUUUUUUUUUUGUAAUUUAUAAUUGUAAACUAGUGUAAUUGCUUGUGUGUUAUUUUGUUAUUUGUUUCGUUUUUAUUUUCUUAGAGAUUUUAAAUAAUUUUAAUACUUUCCUUUUUAAUGAUGCUCAAACUGAUAGUUAAUAUUUGAUUUGAUAGGUUCAUAGGUAAAAUUUCAAAAUAAUAAGUACUUAAUAUUGUCUGAAUUUAUAAUAGAAUAGAUUUCUUUUUUGCUGGAAAUUUUUUUGGGAAGUCAUUGGAAUUUUAUAUAAAAAAAAAUGUUUAAAAAUAGUUUCAAUAUUAGUACAACAUUUUAUAGUACUUAAUAAAUAGGCAGUUUUUAAUUAAAUUAAAUUACAAUGUUUUGUUUUUAUUUUGCUCAAAAAUAUAUCUUCGAUAUUUAAUAUGAGAUUUCAAAUACACUUACCUUAAUUAAUAAUAAAUAAAUAAAAAAGAUUUAUUUGAUAAUUUAAUACAAUUUGUUACGUUACAACUAUGACGUGCCAUUUUAUUGAACAAUUAGUGUCAUAAUUUUUUUUUUUACAAUUACAAUAGAAUGUAAUAAAAACAAUAGAAUUUUACAAUUUACAAUACGAAUCAAUCCUUUAGGUCAAAUAUACGUAAACAAAGACUUACUUUCAUAAUUAAUUUAAAAUGUUAUAAGAAGUAUAAUUUUGCAAAAUUUUUAUCAGACUACCUUCAAUUUCACUAAACAUGUAAAUCUGUACUGAUUAAGUGAUAUUCAAACUCAGUUGUUGUUAUCAGUGAUACGAUAUUUUUAUAUGUUUUUUUUUACAUUUAUAAAAUAAAUCUUAAUAUAUUUGAAGAGAAUAAACGUGAGU